UCCAUGAAUACAUUCCAAAUUUGUUACCAUAUGUGGCUUGGAGAGAAAGCAGGAAGCAGCAUGCCAGAUUUGUACAAACCCAGGAAACAUCACCAUACCUCAUCUCUUACGUCACUCAUUCUUGAUUCCGUCAACCAUUGAUCAGAAUUCAGAACCCAUAUAAAUAUCAACAAUUUCUACAUCUUCCUCAUCCAUCAUCUCUUUGUCUUCACUUAUCUAAUCUGAAAUUUGUCAAUUAUCUAAAUAUCGUUCGAAAAUGGCCGUAGGAGAAGAUUUUCUGACGAAAGAAUAUGGUUAUGUCGUCUUGGUGUUAGUUUUCUACUGCAUCUUCAAUUUUUGGAUGGCUUUUCAAGUCGGCAAAGCCCGCAAAAAGUAUAAGGUUUUUUACCCAACUAUGUAUGCAUUAGAAUCUGAGAACAAGGAGGCCAAGCUUUUUAAUUGUGUUCAGAGAGGACACCAAAAUUCAUUGGAAAUGAUGCCCAUGUUUUUUGUAUUGAUGAUUUUGGGUGGAAUGAGGCAUCCUUGUAUUAGUGCUGGGCUUGGAAUCUUUUACAUUAUUACUCGUUAUUUCUACUUCACUGGCUACUCAUCUGGUGAUCCUCAGAAGCGUCUUUCUAUUGGGAAAUUUGGUUUCUUUGCCUUGUUCGGUCUUAUGAUCUGCUCGAUUUCUUUCGGGGUCAAUCUUCUUAUUGCUUGAGACGUUUGCGCACCACAACAACUAUGUGUAUGCAUCUUUAUGUAGUACUAGAGUUUUGGACUUCUUAUUAGUACUUCGGCAAAUUUCACGUAUAAAAUGCUUAUUUCGUCGAUAUAUCAUGUGUUUCAAUUUUGUGAAUUGUAUUAUAACAGGUACCGAUUGUUCUUAAAAUUUGAAUGUAUGGAAGCUUUUACGAUCUCAUUUUAAAAGAUUUAAUGCCAAUGAGUACCGAGUAUGUAGUUCUGAGUUGUAACCAUGUGAUGAUGUGAUCAAGGCUAAUUCGAUGUUCCUCAUCUCUUGUUCAUGGCACGAUCCAUGACCAUCAUUUCAUUCUUCGUCCUAUGUCAGCCCCGAUCAUAUCGUGCUGGAUCCGCCCACAAACCAAUGCAACCUAUUUCUAGGUCUAGACCCAAAUUGUAUACAAAUAAGAUGACAAUACAACUAUACAAUGACAAUCUUUCGGUAAAACGACCUUAAACAAAGAGCUCAUAUUCUCAUACUAUGUAUUAGAUGGACUAUUUAACUCAUUUAUAACGCGCGUUUUUCAGUGAGUAAUUCGUGACUUGCAUUACACCAAAACUAAAUAUCUCUGAUAAGGUAUACUAACACUUUAAGACCAUCGAAACAUGAUGUUAGAUCACAGUACAC